UAUCACUUUGAGGGUAAUUGGAUUCUUUCAUCAUUCAGGAUGGGGAAGGGAAUGGAAGCCAGCUGCAGAAAAUGAAACAUUUCUGAUGUUAUCCCUUGCCCGGAAGAAUUAUGGGUCUCACUGUAUAGAGGCCUGUUCCACAGCCAAGGACUCAGCACUACCUCAAUCGACACUAAGAAACUUUCUGACCCUGAGGGAGUUACUUCUCAUCUCUGCACCUGUGUGCUCAUCUAGAGGAACCUGGAUUCAGUGAUCUCAAAGACAAGUCUUAUCAUGUUUCUGACUUUAUAACCUGCAGAGUGCAAAGAUCCAGAGGAGUGCCACAGAAAAACAGGCGUUAGAAACAAGGGAAUGUGUAGUUAGAAUGGGAAAUUAAGGUGUGAGGGCUUCUUAUGAAGAGAAAUGAUGAGCUACAUCCAUAAAGAGAAACAAAGGGACAGGAGGAAGACUUAGACAGAUGAAAAAGAUAGAACAGAGUAGAGGCCUUGAAGAUCCUGGAUUCAUCAUCUUAGCUCUGCUGUUAACCUGCUGUAUCAUCAUGGACAAAUUCCUGCGCUUUUCUCAGCCUGUUUCCUUACCUCUAAAACAGGGCAAGGAUGACAUUAUCCAACUCAUAGGACUAUAAGGUGCCAAAUGUUAAAGACUGUCAAGGAGCCUGAGAGAGGAAGGUGGCUCAACCAUGGUCUUGGAGGAAAGGAAGUAGGUUCUCCACCCCUUCUGAAGGGAGAAGGAAUAGGAGAGAUCAACAAGGAUGAAGAGGGAGACAAAUGGAAAUAAGAGAAAAUGGAGGAGUGCUGCUGGCCUAUGCACUGGAUCUCUACAGAGCUGUGAAUAAUACUGGUGCCAUGGUCCUCUAGUCACCUCUAAGAGCUGUCUGAACUGGCCUUCGGAUUGCUGCAACGCUGCUGCCUUAGCAGUGCUACCCGUGACUACCCUGGCUGCCACAGGUUAGCUGGAUCCUUCACUACCUACCGUUGUGGCACCAGUUCUAGGCUCUCAUUGGAGGGACAACACUAUCUUGUGCGAGCAGCUUUUGGUUGGACACUGUGGACACUAUCUGAGGUGCUCCCUUCAGGACUGGAAAAGUUCAAGAAUGUGGAUUAGAGACCUUCUGGAAAUGCUGAAUUUGCUCUGAGAUUUUUCUGAGGGCUCCACGCUGGCCAGGAGGAUGAAAGGCCUCAGCUGGGGGCUCCUUGCCACCGGCGCUGGGUCCUAAGAGCUGCCAUCCAGGCUGGCCGCCCGGAUGGCGACCCCAGCCUCAGCCCCAGACACACGGGCUCUAGUGGCAGACUUUGUAGGCUAUAAGCUGAGGCAGAAGGGUUAUGUUUGUGGAGCUGGCCCCGGGGAGGGCCCAGCAGCUGACCCGCUGCACCAAGCUAUGCGGGCAGCUGGAGAUGAAUUCGAGACCCGCUUUCGGCGCACCUUCUCUGAUCUGGCCGCUCAGCUGCAUGUGACCCCUGGCUCAGCCCAGCAACGCUUCACCCAAGUCUCUGAUGAACUCUUUCAAGGGGGCCCUAACUGGGGCCGCCUUGUGGCCUUCUUUGUCUUUGGAGCUGCGCUGUGUGCUGAGAGUGUCAACAAGGAGAUGGAGCCACUUGUGGGACAAGUGCAGGAGUGGAUGGUGGCCUACCUGGAGACGCGGCUGGCCGACUGGAUCCACAGCAGUGGGGGCUGGGCGGAGUUCACAGCUCUAUACGGGGACGGGGCCCUGGAGGAGGCUCGGCGUCUGCGGGAGGGGAACUGGGCCUCAGUAAGGACAGUGCUGACAGGGGCCGUGGCACUGGGGGCCCUGGUAACUGUAGGGGCCUUUUUUGCUAGCAAGUGAGAAAGUCUAGAGCCAGGUGGGGCCUAGGUUGUGGCUGGUGGACAUGAGAACAGAAACAGAACAGAGAAAUGCCCUUGGAAGAAUUGGGGUGAAUGGAUGGGCAUGGAACGGGAUGGGUAGGGAAAGGGAAGUAUAUGAGGGAACUGGGUGUGCCAGGCAGGCAGUUGGAAGCACUAGCUGGAGACAUUGGGGAAUGUAUUUGGAAAGUUGGGAGGGGCAGGAGAUAGUCAUUCCAGGGUUGGGGGGAGGUGGGAGGGUCAUGCCUAUAGGUAUAAGGCACCUUGAUUUGCAGCUCUGAGGAGGUGGAGCAAAAGGUUCAUGUCUCCAUUGGAUGAGUGGGAUUGGGGGGAAACACAGAAGGCACAUCCCCUAGGAAUGACAGCUCAGGGUUCUCAGGUCCUAGGAAGAGUGGCUGUGAGAGUGGGCUGCUUGGACACGUGUGUGCAUGUGCACGCGUGCUCCUGUGCAUGCUGGGCUGCUUGUCUAACCUGGUGGCAGUAGGAUUCUUCGAGGAGUAAACAUUCCCUCUUGCAGUGGCAAGAACAAGGGGCAGUUCUCUGCCCCUCCUCUUCCCCGUUCCUCCCCUCCCCACCCUCCCUUCCCCCUUCCCAUUUCCCCCUUCCUGUACUCCCCCCCUCUCCCUCCCUCCCUCCUCCUUCUCCCUUCCUCCCCCUCCCUCUCCUCCCUCCCCUUCUCUCCACUCCCUCAUCCUCUCCCCCACCUUCCCCUCUCCUCCCCCCUCCUUUAUUCCCCCCCCCCCAUGCUUCAAGGCUAAGUGAGAAACACUGUAUCUGGACAGAGGGUUCUGGGCCCUUUUUUGCAAGAAGUUGUUAGCAGGGCUUUGGAGAGAAAGCAGUUCUGUAGCUGGCCUUGUUCCCUUCAUCCUCCCCCUUCCCUGUGCAUCACGCACUUGCUGCUGCCUCCUGGGCUCUGACUGAAAGGCAGGGCUGCGGAGCCUGUGGUGGGUAGAGGCUUUGGGAGCUGGACCUGCCUGCCGCCCUCCUCUCCCACUGGGGCACACUGGUGCCUAAAGUGUUCCCUAUCUCUGGGACCUUCUGUACCCAAACGUAAACUCUAAAUUGGGGCUCUAAUUUUCCUUUGGAGUGUGUGGACUUGAAUGCUGAUCUAGAAUAGUCUGGGUCCUGCACUGUGCCUCAGUGAGACUGUUGAAGCUUUGAGAGGAACAUUCCAGCUCUGAACCCAUGCGUGUGAGGGUGACAUGUGCUCUGUGACUGGCCUAUUCUGUGCUGUGGGCUUUGGUGCUGCUUUAUCAAGGGCCAGGUGGAUGGGUUCUAGAGCACCUUCCAUGCCCUAUAGAAGCAUUUAUAUUUUCUCUGAAGCCACGCUGUGUGCAUGGGCGUUACUUGUCUGUACCUCAGAGUCUGAGGAUGUUAACUUCAGAGCUCACAGUCCUCUAGAACAGAUUCAGAUUUUAGCCUUUUCUUUUGAGAAAGAAAUGAUUUCACUCCAGAUGCAUGCCCUGAGCCAGACCUCACUGCUGCACUUUCCAAGGUGCUAAAAUUGCUGCUCUCCAAUGCUGACUUCAGACACAGUGCUCUAGAACCCUGCCCUUGAUCCCGAGCACUGAUCAGCUUAGCUAGACCAUGGUUGACUCUUCUUAGAGAUUUUAACUUGGUCCCAGAAUGUGGCAACAUAGUUGUACUCACUAGAUUGUGGGACCAAAAUUGGCCUCAGGUGUUCAGCCCAGACUUUUGCUUUUGAGAGAGAGGGCUGCACUUUUUAAUGGUAUUUAUAGGGGAGGUAGUAGACUGCAUGCGCCACGUGGUCUGUCAUGAGUAUGCUGAUACCAGAAACUCAGAGCUGGGCUGUGGCAAGCAGUUGGGGUGGGGGGGGUCUCUGACUUGCUCAGGACGAACUAGGCCAGUGGUUUUCUAACUGCUUGGCAGAACCCUGAAGUUUCCCAGGGCUUGCCUCAGGAGUCCUUGUGGAAGAGGGAGGGAGGGGCGCUGCGGGCCAGGCUACUUGCUUGCCCUCAAACAGAACAGUUCCCCUUGUAGCUGUCUUACAUGUCGGGGUUCAGGGUAAGAUUUUAUUUGCAUUAAGGGGUUUGCUGCUGAAAAAAGUUGGAAAACCACUGACUAGACCAUCAGCUCCAAAUUGGAGCCCGUGAGCCCCUAGGUUUGGGACAGACUCUCCACCUGCCCUCUACCACAGGAUGCCUAUGCCCGUUAGCUCUCCUGGGGGUCGUUUGUGAACAGGGACAGCAGGGACCGUGGGCAGGUCACUAAAAUGCCCUGCUCGGAGGCCUGCACACCUGGGUGGAAGGAGAGACUAUUUUCUGAAAGGGUAAAGGGCUUAGUCUGGAUUCCCAGAAGCGUAGCUUGGAUGGGACCACAGUGGGCAGUUCUGACCUGUCCUGCCCUUCUUACCUUGAGGGGCGAUAGAAACCCCAGAGACUCUUCUGUCAGGGAAAACUAGAGACUCUCUUCUAGAGCCAUAUAGUUCCUUGGGAAUAACCCUUGGCCAGGAAGGCUGAGUAUGGCUCCCAAUUUUUAAAUCCAUUUUUUAAAAAAUAAGGGAAAUAAUCUAAUUGCCAUUUUUCAGAGAUUAAAUAGGUGGAGAGGGUGUUUGUUGCUCUCCAGAGCCCCAAGGGACAAAUAGGACUUUGCUUAGGCCAAGGAAGGAGCAGAAGUAGGGCAACUAGGUCCUGCAAUUAUUAAUUCCACUUCCCAUUUAUUCUAGGGCAUACACUAUUUUACUUUUUUAAAUCAUAAAAUGGCGGGAGAACAGAUUUGGUUAGUUUAGAAGAAAAGAAAAAGCUCUAUAAAUAUAAAUAUAUAUUCCUGUAUUUUUAUUUAAUAAUUUAUAAAUACCAAGUUCAUUUGACUUUUAUUUUUGUGUAAUAUGUAAUGGUCGUAUUAAUAAAAUAAAAUAAAGCCCAGAAGUUUAAUGAGAAGGACUGAGCAGGGUUUGUGACUUCUACACUGUAUAGUCUGGGGUCCAGGACAUUUCUUGAGCCAAUCUCUUCUUGACCGUGUUAAGGGCAAGAACUAGGGUGACAGGGAUUUGUGAAAGUGUUGAGAAUUUAGGGGGAAAAAAAUCAGAAUUGCUCCCUGUCUCCCCACCCUAAAUGGGGACUAAAUGUCCAAAUCCAAGAACUCCAUCUAUGCCAACCCAAGCCUUAAGAGGGUGUGUGUGUGUAUAUAUGCUAUUUUGGGAUGGCCAAAAACAACAACCAAAACAAAGACAACCUACCAAAAAUCUGUGUGGUGGUAAUUAAGUCCCCAACUGUGGUUCAGCCUCUAAUUGGAAAUGUGUGAGAAACUCCCUAAUACCCUGCUGCCUACUUUGGACUUAAAAUAAGUCUGGCAAAAAUGAAGCCCCUGCUUCCUUUUCUGGUCCCCCGAGACAUUUAGUUUCAGCCAUUUUAAUGCAAACUGAUAAAUUGGAUGGAAUCUAUAGGAAUUAUUCUGUCCCUCCUGUACUUCUAGUUUAGGACCUCAUCAAAAUCCUGUCUGACAGGAAUAGUGAUUCUAAUUUUAAAUUACUAGCAAGAAUUUCUAAUAUUUCUAUAAUCCAAUGCAAUAAAAAGGUACUUGGGUUUAUAUGUUAAAUUAUAGUGAAAAACAUACUGCCUAGAGGAAUCCAGUCUUGCAUUCCAUUCUCUCUAUAUAGAAAAAUCUAUAGGGCAAACCAUAUUAAAAUCCAAAGAGUGGUUUGGUGAACAUGACAUUAAGGAAAAGAGAAUUAGAUGCUCUCAAAAGUUAGUAUCAGGCUAUGAUGUAGCUAAUGCAUUUGUCUCUGCUGCAUUGUGAUUGAUUUAAUGAUUGUUUGGUUUAUUUUUGCCAAGCUCCAGAAAACAUUUACAUCUUACUAUAAUACACACAAAACAAUAGGAGGUUGAUUUUUAAAGCGGGGAUGAAGGACAAAUUGACAUGUUACAAUAAGAUAACAGCAAAAGGAAAAUUAAUACACAGAAAUGCAUUCUAUAAGCAGUAUUCUCAAAUGCUAAAGCUAGGUUAUGAAUUUAUAGACUCUUGGCAGCUAAAACAAACUGGAAAACAGUGAGAAUUACAUUGCUCUUAGGAGAUGUUAAAAAGUCUAUCAUUUCUCGUGCUUGCUUCGGCAGCACAUAUACUAAAAUUGGAACAAUACAGAGAAGAGUAGCAUGGCCCUGUGCAAGGGUGACAUACAAAUUUGUGAAGCGUUCCAUAUUUUUUAAAAAAAGUUAUUUCUCAAGAUGGGCAAAGUUUUGUGCUAAGAAGACACUGAAUAACAGCAAAUAUGAUGCUGAGUUCUGCACCAUUGUUUCUUAUAGAAACACUAAGUGGGGAUUCGGUAGGUCCUAAGCUUGUUCUAUCUGACUCAUCAGUUUCCUCCGAAUAUGCUCUAUGAUGCUAUAGUUUGACACAGGCCUAAAUUUGACACUAAGCGGACAGACUAAGCAGAUAGUUUGCCCUCAAACAAUUCUCCAUGAAUGUUAUAACUUCAAAUGGCACUGUUGAUAAAAGUUGGUCAACAUUUAAUUGCAAUUUCUAGCAAAAGCAAUAUUUUUACUUAGGAUUAAGAUGAAGAGUCUUUGAAAACUUUACAAGUUGCCUUAAAUGUGGAUGCAGGAGAUGUCUAUAUAUCUAGAUAUCUAUAUAAAUGGAUGCAGACAUGUAAAUAAAUUAACAGUAUUUUAAAAAUCAACCAGAAAACAUAACACAAUGAAGUUCUAUGUAGUUCUUCAUUCAUUCAUUCAUGUAGCAAACAUUCAAACCUCUUCUGUGUGCUAAAUGGGAUAGAGAAGCAAUGAGAUAGUGAAAUAGACACAAAAUUAGUUCCCGAUCUUAUUUCCAUUUAGUAAGGGAAACAAAUGAACAAGUAAAUCAUUUUCACAAAAUAUUAACAUAACUUCAUGUUAGAAGGCGGCAAAUGCUGUGAAGAAACAGAAUUCAUUAGGGUGGAAUUGGGAACAUGUAUGUAUAGAUUUCAAUACUAAAUAGGUUGGGGAAGGCCUCAUUUCUAAAGUGACUUUUGAGUUAGUCAUAAAAAAUAUUGGAAAAAAGAUUUUUACUGAUAUGGAAAAGAUGUUUUUGUCUUAUUGGGUAAAAAAAUAAUUAGAAAAUAAUAUACAGUAUGGUUUCAUUUUGCAUGCACACACACGCCCCUAUAUAGAAAAAUUCAGGAAGGAUGUGUAUGCCAAAAUACCAGUGAUUGUCUCUGGGUGGUAGACUUUAUUUUUUUCAUUUUGCUGUCAGUAUUUUCUGAUUUUUUUUUUUUUUCAAAUAAAAACAUCUGGAGCAGUAUAGUAAAACAAGUUUUUUCAAGUAUAAAGUUUAAAAAAAUUUAGCCAUGCAGAAUGGAAAUUAAGCAGCCGAAUAAAGUCCACUUCCUUCCGUACUUAAAUGAUCACCCACUUCCACUCAAGGCUGGACCUAGGGAGUUAAGGUUGGCCAGGCCACUUGGCCUUAAAAGAUAAUUGGGGUUAGCUCCAAAAUAGAGGUAAGUAAAUGAUCAGGUUCCAAGAUUAUCAGCACUGUCACGAAGAAAUGUAAUGCAAACCUCAUGUGCAGUUUUGCAUUUUCUGGUCAUCUCAUUAAAGUGGCAAAAAGAAACAGGUACAAGUAAUUUUAAAUGAUAUUUUAACUCAGUAUAUAAAAACUUAUUUUGACCUACAAUUAAAGUAUUUUACAGUCUCUUUUUCAUACUAAGUUCUGCCUUUUUGACACUUUCAGCACAUCUCAAUUACUUUCAAGCCACGUGUGACUAGUUAGUGGCUAUCAUAUGUUGCUCUAAGUUAUAGAGAAUUACUGUAGCCUGUAAACAUUUCAAAGUAGUAGUUAUGAUAAGGAUGAAACUGCCAAGAAGCCAAGUAUUUAUGUUGUGUAAUAAGGAAACUUACCCCUUCUGAACAGAACUGGAGAGGCCCUGAUUUAAUUUUCCUUUUCUCAACCCCACUGACUAAUCUUAUAUUAACAGAUAUUUCGUUCUUAUAGGGCACAAUAUCAUUGAGCUUCAGUUUUCCCAAAAUUCCAUGACCCUCUAUUUAUAGGUUAUUACUGAAGGAAAAUUACAUUCAUAAUGGGUGAAUGUCAUAGCAUUACAUACUAGUUUUUAAAAAAAUUCAUUCUGAGGGAAAUAUAUCUCUUCAAUGUUCCCUAUGCAUCAACAAUAGGCAAGACAUUAAAUAAGAUUAUUACAAGAUGCCUUAGUUAGAAUGUAUUGAGCACACAGUGAUAGCAGUGGGAGUGUAAAUAUAAAAUGGUGCCCCUGCCAUUUACAGUUUUCAAUCUCAUCAGGCAUUAUCUUACUUUACAAGUAAGUCACCAUUAACUUUUUUUUUUUACCAAUAACUUUUUAAAUGUGUUUGUAAAAGUAAUUGUUACCUAUUAGAGUAAGUUUGGAAGUUGGAGUGUUUUUUUAUUUUAAAUAAAAACUAUGAUAUUGUGGAAAAAAUCACAGGACAAAGAAGAUUUUAAAGAAAAGCAAUCAUAAUCCUACUACCCAGAGAAAAUCACCAUUAACAUUUUGGCAUAUUUCUUUCCCACCUUUUAUCUGUGUUUGUAUUUUAUGAUCAUACUGUAUAUACAGUUUUGUAUCUUGCUACCUACCAUUAUGUUGCAAGCAUUUUUCCUUGUCAUUAAAAAUGUGUUGAAGGCAUAAUGACUAUAAAAUUACAUCUGUGUGUACAAUAAUUUUCCUGAAAGUGCCCACAAGGAUAUUCAAGUUGUUCACAUAUUUUCACUUUGAAGAACACCUUUAUUCUCAAUUGUGCACCAGUUUUUAAAUUAUUUCUUUAGAACAAAAUAUAAGAAAUAAAAUUAUUGGGUCAAGAUUUUCAGCUUUUAAAAAACUUUUGAUACAUAGUGCUAAAGGAAAGAUCAUACUAGUUCUUGUUCCUUUCCCCUGCCAAAAAAUGCCCAAGUUUUUUUAAUCACAUAUACAUAGUUGUAAUCAUACUUUCCAUACAAUUUGAUAUAAUAAUUAUUUUUGCAUAUUAUCAACUAUGUGUAAACCUUUUAACAGGUGCAUAAUCUUUAAUUGGCUCUAAUUAUAGUUUGCCUAAAUAUUUUUUGUUGGAAUUUAGGGUUUUUUCCCCCCCAGUUUUAGCAUCAUUUAUAUGUAAUCUUUGUAUGUUAAAGGAGACCUGAUAGUAAUUUUUUCUUAGCUUUCAAAGUUGGUUUUGAAUCCCCUGCUCACUUCAAAUUAGUUCCAUAACUUGGGCAAAUUAGUUCACUCUUUCCUUCUCCCUAAAAAGGAUAUAGUUUUGGAAAUAUUUAUUUCUUAGGUUAUUGUGAGAAUUGAAUAAGGUAUCAUAAGGAAUCUAGGGUAGUGUCUACUAUAAACUCAGAUGCUCAACAAAAUUAGGAUUCAAAGGCAUUAUGAAAAAAAUCACAUUUCCUUUUGUUAGCUUGGUUAGUUUAAAUUAGGUACCAAUAAAACAUUAAAAUUUUGAUUGGGUAAAGAUCAAUAGAAAAGAUUUUUCUUCCAGUGAACUCACAAU